UCACUAAAAUGGGAGUGUUGUCAAAAGACAAGAGUCGUUUGCCACGGGGAUCAAUGACAUUAUGGGCAAAUAAUCAACAUCAAAGAUGGCUGAAGUGACGUCAGCAAGAUAAAACUCGUGAUUAUAACGACUCCAGGAGUCUGUUGUUAGUGAAAUACUACGCUUGCCCCAUGUGCGGAUCUGCCGUGAUCUGACAAAACGCAUUUUUUCAUUUUGGCGGGAAAUUUUUUUAUUCCACUAAUGAAUUGUACACGUCGAAAGCCAACUUGAGGUAUAAAAUUAUGAAAGCCUAACUGCGGCUAGUUUUUAAAUAAAUUAGCUUUUUAGAUUUGUUAAAACGCAUUUAUUUCCAAUGUGAUCUGAUGAAACACAUUUUUUUCAGAGAUGAUCUGACAAAACGCAUUUUUUUCCCUGGCAUGUCGACCGUUCACAUGAAAGUCCCAUUAACAGCUGAAAGUGGAGUGGUAGGUAGUCUGUUUCUUGGAACCUACACGGAAGCGGAAUACACGAAUAUACUCUUAUCUAUGCUCCUGUGUCACCGAAGUCAAACUUUCAAGAUUUGCGGCCCUCGAUAGAACCGUAUUGAAUGAGUUUUCUAGUGGUUGGUCUCCGAGGCCCUGAAGAGUAAAGAUAAAAACUUGCAGUCGAGUUAGCAAUUACACGCAUUCGGUACACAUUUCAAGCGGUAGAAUCAGCCAGAGAAAACUGACGUAUUUGGAUUUGUUCCUGGGAGACAUUGGGAGCAUAAUCUCAAACUUUGGUUUUUAUUAUGGCAGAUUCGAUGGUGUGGUGGAUUGGAGGCGUUGGUCAGUUGGAUUUCUUGUACGGUUAGAAAUUCUAUGAUUAGCAGACUCGGGUAUAUUUUUUUGCGGUCAGUUAAGUUCGUCAAAUUAUUGUUCUAAGUAAGGCUGUGGGUUUUCAGUGGGAAUCGAACGUUAGAGCCGUGGGCCUCAAGUCAGACCAGUAAAUGUAGACUUUCCGAGUUCAUGAUUAUGUUAAGUUUGUUUCUUGUUUCCUUUCUUCUUUUCAGGAGCUGCAGACUGAGCUAUGUCCUUGUACUUGUCGAUAACACCCAGGUGCCCCUGUAUGACUCACUUGGCUGCUUCUCUGACACCGUUUUGGACAAUUUAACCACUAGAGUGCCUUCAGGAGAGCUGAACAUUCUCCAGUGUUUUGAGCAGUGUCGCACAGAAUGGACAGCACUCCAGGGCGGGAAGUGCAAGUGUCUCACAAGUGAUCCGUCAAAUUCUACUUCACAAAAAUUGGUGACGUCAUGUUCCCGUGUGUGUCCCCAGGACUUCAAUGAGCACUGUGGAGGGGUUGCGGCAAAUACUGUGUUUGUCAAAGACUCCCCAGAGCUCCACAUUGGACCUCCAGCAAAUGACCCAAAACAAAUAUGCGGCUACCUUCACGUAUCUACGGAGACCCUGAGGUUUGACCGUUGUGAUACAUCAUCAAUUAGACGCCGAGGGUCUUUGUGCCAGAAUUGUUCAAUUUCCCCCGUUGACGGUGACAGAACGUGCGUCAUUUCUUACGUCUCCACAUCCUUCACUUGGCACGAAGCGGACAAGAAUUGCAAAGAUACUGGUCAGUCGCUGGCCACAGCUUCAACAGGUGACCUGAAGAAGUGGUUAGCCAGCCAUCAAAUCGUGUCAUCAGGCUAUCUGUGGCUGGGAGUCCGACGAGAACCAAGGAUUCGUUGGUCGAAUGGAACAACCUCUGACCCCAGUGCAGUGGCCAACCAUGGGGGAGACUGUGUAGCGGUGGAGAAGGAUCUUAGCGGGACCGUCAGUCUGUCUUUGCAAGACUGCAAGGUCAAGAAAAACACCAUCUGUGCUACCGUGAUCCCCACAACUCAGGAAAUAACAACGGCGCCGAACACAGAAAAUACUACUGCCCUAGAGACUAAUCUAACUACAGACGCUAUGACGGAUGGAACUACUUAUCAAACCUCAGACCAAACUACAGAUGGUACAACCGAUCAAACUACAGACGUUAUAACAGAUCAAACUACAGACGUUACAACA